AUGUCCAUCCGGACUGCCCACCACGAACAGACAGCAGACAGCACAUCGAUCGAAUGGACGCCCCCCUCCCUGGGCCCUGGGUGGGACUGCUUCCCGCAAACACGGGCGGAACGUUCCUCGCUCCUUACGACGUACGGACCUCAGCCGGACGAGAGCGGAACUGGCAGGACGGAGCAGCAGACAAGCUCACCGCCUUGUGGUGUCACCUGCCUGCAUGCAAGCGAAGUCCUGCGGCUGGCUGGCAGCCUGUCAAUGCCACGGACACCACUGGACCAGACCAUCACAGCCGGCACAGCACAAGACACAAAGCACAAAGCAGGCAGUCUCGAAACGAUGCCGGUGGUCGAGGUGAAGCCGCCCGAUUGGCCGGACCGCCUGGCAAGCCUGCCCCGUCCCGUGCCGACCAGAAGAGGGGAGGGAAAGACAGGGGACCAGGGUGUGUUCUGGUGCUGA